AUGCCGAGGUCAAUUGCCGUCGAGAAAGCCUCCCACCCUCAGCCUUUGAGCGAGGGGGGGGAGAAGGUGGAUCGCUCCAUAAGAGGUAGGAAGGAGACGACCACGUGCCAACCGCGGAUCCGGGAUCGGGGCGGAAUCGGGGACGGCGUUGACGGCUCCGUUGCCGUGUCGGACCGGGACCAGGCGGGUGGCAGCAGCGGGACGGACGUCAACCUCGCGGGCGCCGUGGCCGGACUCACGCCAUCGUCAUGGGCGAUGGAGGUGGAGGAGGAAUCCAGGACCAAGGUCAACCUCUCCCGUCCUCAGCCUUUGAGCGAGGAGGAGAUGGCCGGGAACUCCAGGAACAACUCCGGGAACACUUUGGGCCCAAAUCCCAAUGCUCCAACCGUCAAUGAAGAAGACGUAUACUUUCCAGCUCCUAUGGAGCUGGCGAAUUACCCGGGAUCGACGAAGAACCCUCCCGCUUCUUCCUCCGGCUCUCGGGAACGCAACCGCGACCGUGGACAUGGUCGCCGUCAAGACGAUCAGGGCCAUCACCCCCCCCGCGACAAAUGCGGAGAUCGACGGAACCGUGACCGGGAUCGCGAAUCGAAUCGGCCGAAGGAGAAUCUUAAUUUCUUCCAAGACGGGAAACUGAUGGACGGACGGACGGAGGUAGCGGCGUCGGGAUCGGUUCCGCUGCCGGCGUCGGGAUCGGGAUCGGCACCGUCAACCUCGAAAUUG